GAAGUCGGAUGCUUAACUGACUGAGCCACCCAAGUGCCCCUACUUUUAAGUUUUUUAAAAAAACAGUACAGAAAAAUUUAGAUACAAUAUUAUCACAUCCAUGAAAACAAAAAAUGCAUAGAAUAAAAAAUGAAAGAAACACAUCAAAAUGUUAAGAGUGGUCAUUUUCAAAGGAUACACAUUCAUAGAUGACUUUUUGCUUCCUUCUAAUUUUUCCAAAAUUUCUGUAAUGAGUUGCCACGUUAUACAAACAAGCUGAAUAACUAUAGCCUUAUUCUUGUGUUAUGUGUGGUUUUCUGCCCUGUAGUCGGUUUUGUCCUUGGAAGGCAACAUUUCUCAGAAAAGAGAAUUUUCAUUACUAUAUUGGAUUCUUUGUUCUCUAUCAAUCUUAGAAAAGAAUAAGAAUCACAGGCAAUCUACCUUCCUGACAUUAUUGGAGUGACUCAUUUGAUCGAACUCCUGGAGCUAAUAAGCAGCUGUGAUAUUUCCCGUCUAAAGACAAGAGAACUGUUGUACUCCUACAUCCGUUUGUAAAGUACUUUGUAUUGACCCAGGUUUUGCAAAGACUUUAUCAAAUUGUUUCUCAAACAAUCCUAUGAGGUUGUAAUAAGUCUCACCAAGCCUCGGAUAUACACACACCUAGGUGAAUGUAAAUGUUAUAAUUUGACAUAUUAACCUGUGAAUUUUUUUGCCCAGUACUUGGCUGAUAAGUGAGCCCUUUGCCUAGUUUUAGCAGCAGCUAGAGUGUGCUAUGCUAACUGCCUCAAAGAAAGAACAAUGUAACAGAACACAAUGUUUGGCUUAGGACUUUUGAAAGACUAGAGUAGAGGAGACCUAGGUAGAGGAGACCUAGGUCAGAGAUGAGGAAGAGUAAAGUUGUCCUACUUCUUCCCCACCUGGGUCCACAAGCUGUGAAAGAGAGAAGGGGAAGUUCAAGAGAACAAGAGUUAGCUUAGAUGUGAACACUGGAGUUUCCUAGAUAAUGUGGCCCUGCACCCCAGAUCCCAGAGAGGUUUGAGGUAUCCGAGAGCACAGAAAACCCACGCAUCUCUUGAUAGGUAAAUGGGGCAAGCCUUGCAUGGUAUGGAAAGUGUGUGAAUAUUUCCAGUGAGCGCAAAAGUAAUGAUAACAUGGAAAGCAGGGUGACCAGAGGUGAUUAGUCUUUAAGCUCACUCUUUCUUCUGCCAAAUACAAGCUGCUGUUUCAGUUCUAGAAUUUCCACUCCGUUUUUUUUUUUUAUAGUUUCUAUUUCUCCACUAAGAUUCUACCUGCCCACUUAUAGUUAGUUACCUUUAAUUUUUUUUGAACCUAUCUCAAAGUUGGUUUUUAUUAACUGCGUUUUGAGGUUUUUUUUUUUUUUGUUUUUUUGGACCCUUUGGUUGACACUUUGUUUCCACCUUUGUAAGACAGGGACUUCCUGGUGAUGACAGAAUUGUGUUAAGGGAUGACAAAAAUCUAAUGUCAAAGCAGUCACUUGAAGUAGGGCAGGGCACCGUCUUAUUAGAAAUGGUGUGAAAUGCGUGAUUAUUUCCAAUCUUCAAAUAAGGACAGUUGCAAAAAUCCUCGUGAAAAAUAAAGGAUACAUCUCCACUCUCCUGAUCAGCCUCAAACAACUGGCAAGACCUUAACAGUAGAACUGGAAGAUAAUUUAAAACAUUAGCAUCUAACUCCCUUCUUUCUGCCAAGUAGAAAGGACAGUCUCCUCCAGUGAUUUUUUUCUAAAAAAUUUUUUCUAAUGCAGCUUCCUUGCAUUUCCUAAUAUAAAGGUAAUACAUAUUUAUAGAAAAAUCAGUCAAAACAAACAGGCAUAAAGAAAAAAGUACUACCCGGAGAAAUUACUACUAACAUUUUGCUGAACAUCCUUCUAGAUGCUGCUCUAUGCAAAUGCUUACACAUAUCAUUUUAUAUGAAUGAAAUAAUAUACAUGCUUUUAACUCAAUGUGUGGUAAAGAUCAUUAUCAAGAACUACAGAUACAUAUCAUCCUUUUCAGCAACUAUAUAAUCCAUUGCAUAGGUAUAUCAAAAUUUAUUAAACAAGUCCUCUAUGGAAGUCCUCUAGAUCCUUGCAAUAACGAACAUUCUUUCUGCUGUGCGUAUAUGAUAACUUUGUGUAUUUGUCAGAUUAUGUCUCCUGAGGCAGUACAUUUCUUUAAUAUUAUUUCUGGGCUGAAGCAUAUUCAAAAUUUGUGAUAAUUAACAGACCAUUCUCACCAAGAAGGCUGUAGCCACACUCACACUUCCACCAAUAGUAAGCACAUUUCUCUCUCUCUCUCUCUCUCUCUCUCUCUCUCUGGUCAUACUGGAUAUGUGUAAUCUUUUCAAAUUUCACCAAUAUGUCAGGCAAAAAGUAACAUCUAAAUUGUGUUGGGUGAUUUGCCAGGGAGCUCUAAUGCAGUAUUGAGGAUGGGUAUCUUGCCAUGUACUCCUUUCUGGCUUUAAAUGGACAAUGUGCGCAAUAUGCAGGGGUCUGUAAUGUAAUUGAGAUGGUCUGGCUUCCAUACUCCUAGCUUUGCACUAACUUUGUAUGUCCUUGGGUAAGAUCAUCAACUUUUCUGUGCCUCAGUUUCUUCAAAUGCAAUGGGUGCAAUUUGGAAUAGGUGUUCUUGCCCUUCCUUUCAGGCUCCACAGAGGGGAUAGUAGGGAAUGCACUGUGCACAACAGUGGACAAGAGGCUGACUAACCCAAUGCCACUCCCAGCCCAUUCUCCCCUGCCUGUCUCUACUCUGGAAGAAGCUGGAAAUGCCCAAUACCCUCGUCUCAGCUUCCUAUGGAGCUAAGGAGUGGCCAAUUUGCCACGUUCUGGCUAAAGAGACACAAAGGGAAGUCUACCGAGGUGCUUCUAGAAAACUAGCUUUCCUGAUGAAAGAAACAGGCACAAGAGAGAGAGAGAGAGAGCUCACAGGAGCUGCCUCUUUCUCACCCUCCUCUUUCAAUGCAGACUUCAUGCCUGGACCCACGGGGCAGUGUGGUAGCUUUAUACUGGGUCAACUCAGCUGAGCAGGAUCUGUUCUCCAGAAUUCUGCAUGGUUUCAAGGUUAGCAUUAGCCACAAGAGAAGUGCUGUAUGUGAUUGAGAGGGCAGCGGCGAAGCAGCAGCCAUGGUUUUCAUGCUCUGAAGGACAAUGCAAGGGCUCCAGGCACAGUGGUGACUCUAGUACAUUGUCACUCAUCUGCUGGCUCACCUGGCUGGUUGGGUGUCCUCCUUCAGCUUCUCCGUGUCCUAAGCCAAGUGCAUGUGCAGCCCCAUGAAGGAUGCCAGCUUCUUCUGCAGUAUGCCUGUUAUCAAGGUCAGAGGUAGGGAGGGACACACACAAAUCCAGUCUGUCUUAGAGGAUUCUAGUUUUUCAUGAAUUCCAGUUAGCCCCUGCAGGUUCCAAGCCUGUACUUGCUUUUAUCCAGGUCUAGCUUUCUACCCUGACUGCCAUUCUGUCUGACCUAUGGUGACUUCACAUUUCAACACUAGAAUCAAAGACCUCAAACAGCUUUGAACAGACUUCUCAAUGAGCUCCCACAAUCAUGUAAGGUCUGAUGCCUCUUCUCCAAUAGAACUUCUGUGAUGAUGGAAAUGUUUUGUAUAUGAGCUGCCCAACGAUAGCCACUAGUCACAUACAUGUGGCUAUCGAGCACUUGAAGUGUACCUAGUGCAACCAAGAAACUACAUUUUUACUCUCAGUUCAUCUUAAUUCAUUUACACUGCCACAUGUGGCUAGUGGCUACUAUGUUGAACAGCACAGAUCUGGUGCCUAACAAUAAAUCUGUCAUUCUUCAUCACUUAUAGUGGUUUUUUUCUCUGGUUGAAUCCUGACUGGUGACUACAUGGGGAAAGAACAUGUAGACUGAAAGCCGGUAUGCUAGGAAUAAAGGGCUGGAGAACAGAAGGAGGUGGGUCCUGAGAAGCCCACCUACCUGUGACUGCUGAACUCCUUAUUUGAGAAAAAUAGACUCCCUGUGAACUUGUCCUUUGGGAGCCCCAUCUCCAUUCCAAUUCCCAGACCAAGUAUCAAGGUGAGCUAACAUAUUCAUGGCGAGUAAGAUGUGUUCUUCAACAGGUAAUUUUUUCUUUCUUCCACCCUGAUGACUUUUUCCCCUUGCCUGUUCCCUAUGCAGAUCCUUCCACCUCUCAGUCUUCCUCCCGUCCCCAAGUGGCUAUGACUUUCCUCACAGAAUAGAAUUACCCCUUUCGACCAUCAAACUGGAUUUUUGUUGUUGUUUUAAACACCAGCCCAUUUUCAGGAGUCUGCAACUGUGACACGUUUGUCAGCCCUAGUUUCUAAAACUGGCCACUUAGUAAUACACUUUACCAGGAAUGGGUCUUUCCAAAUGUGCUCUGCACAGUUAACAUGAAAAGAUUAAUCCUGAGCAACAUUUUCUCUCAGGGCCGAUCUUGAGUGGAGAGCCGCCGUGCAGUGCUUUCCAGCUGUGUUCACAAACACAAUUCCACACAUCAGGAACAUUUCUUUCUCUUUUUCUUUCAUUCUUGCUUGCUUGCUGUAACGAGUGGUUAGCCGUUCUGGUGUUGACACAGGAAAAGGCGAAAUGCUGGCAACCGAAUCAAAGCCGACAAUGCAACAGGCAGCUCAGCGGCGCGCCUGGUUCGGUUCCUCACACUCACCAGGCGUACUUUCAACUUCCUCCCAAUUUUGGUCCCGGCCCCUUGGCUUAUCUUCCUGAGAAUGUUAAAAGAAAAGAAAAAAGAAAAAGACACUGAUCUUACUGCAAGCUGUCUUUAGUGUCUGUUGUUCCCUUCUUAUGCACACGGCCAGGACUGGCCCUCCAAACUUCUCCAUUGUCUGGUGAGUCACUCUUGCUUUCCCGUUUUCGCCUUCCGUGAAUUCUGCGCACCCCACAAGUGCCCCGCUCUCGCUCCCAGCGCUCCGCCUGGGCUCAACGCUUCCUAGCCGAGGUCGGCGGCCGUGCGGCUUCCAGCACCCACUGCCCAGGGUUUGGGUGGGAGCAGGGCCACAGCGCAGCUCCAGCCCAGCGCCCGCGGGGCCGGGCCGGGCCGGCGUUCGGGGUCGGGGCCGUCUCCUCCCCUCUCCCCGCUGAGGACCUCGCAGUGAACUCGCAGUGCCCCCACGGGGUGGGACGCGCGCGUCCCACCUCUGGGGCGGCUUGCGGGCGCUAGCCCUGGGGACGGUGACUCCGCUUCUGAGUCCGUCCCCAGGCGGGUGCGGAGUGGUGGCGGCCGCCCCCUGGGCGCGGGGCCGCGGCCGAGAGGAGCGAGGAUCGGCAGAGGAGCCCUGAGCGCCGCCCGGAUGCUGCAGCCUAGUGGCCUCUCCCGGAGCGACGCGAGCCCUGGGGCCGAGCCUGCCCUGGGCGCGCUGGGGGCCGGAAGGGGGCUCUGGACUAGGAUCCCUCCCCCUUUCCCUCUGCGUGCCGGAGCGCUCUCAGACCCUCCUCCUCCAGGUACGAGCCGGGAGAGGAGGGCGCCUCUCUCCUGCCGGCGCUCCACCAUGGGCAAUAUCUCCAAUGACUCCUGGCCCGAGGACUGCGGGUCGCGGCAGUGGCUCCCCUCCGGCGAAAGUCCGGCCAUCAGCUCGGUGAUGUUCUCGGCCGGGGUGCUGGGGAACCUCAUCGCUCUGGCGCUGCUGGCGCGCCGCUGGCGGGGGGACGCGGGACGCAGCGCGGGACGCGGGAACUCGGUCUCCUUGUUCCACGUGCUGGUGACAGAGCUGGUGUUCACCGACCUGCUUGGGACCUGCCUCAUCAGCCCGGUGGUGCUGGCUUCCUACGCUCGGAACCAGACCCUGGUGGCGCUGGCGCCUGACAGCCGUGCGUGCACCUACUUCGCCUUCGCCAUGACCUUCUUCAGCCUGGCCACGAUGCUCAUGCUGUUCGCCAUGGCCCUGGAGCGCUACCUGUCCAUCGGGCACCCUACUUCUACCAGCGUCGUGUCACGCCGCAGCGGCCUGGCAGUGCUGCCCACCAUCUACGCCGUCUCCCUACUCUUUUGCUCGCUGCCGUUGCUGAACUACGGGCAGUACGUCCAGUACUGCCCCGGGACGUGGUGCUUCAUCGAGCACGGCCAGACUACGUACCUGCAGUUGUAUGCCACCCUGCUGCUCCUCCUCAUCGUCGCGGUGCUCGCCUGCAACUUCAGCGUCAUCCUCAACCUCAUCCGCAUGCACCGUCGGAGCAGGAGAAGCCGCUGCGGGCCCUCCUUGGGCAGCUGCCGGGACGCCCCUGGGGCCCGCAGGAGAGGGGAAAGGCUGUCCAUGGCGGAGGAGACAGACCACCUCAUUCUCCUGGCUAUUAUGACCAUCACCUUUGCUGUGUGCUCCUUGCCUUUCACAAUUUUUGCAUACAUGAAUGAAACCUCUUCCCGAAAAGAAAAGUGGGACCUCCAAGCUCUUAGAUUUUAUCCAUCAAUUCAAUAUUGACCCUUGGUCUUUGCCAUCCUUCGGCCUCCUGUUCUGAGACUAAUGUGCGUUCAGUCCGGUUGUUGUCGGGUUUCAUUAAGAACACAAGAUGCAGCACAGACUUCCUGUUCUAUACAGUCAAAUGCCAGCAAAUAG